GACCAGUGACAUAAUUAAUAUAAAACCACUCACGCUUGCACUCGCUACAAAGAAAGUAGUCGUGUGCGCGUACCAGAAGUCUUAUUUGAAUUUCGUAUUUGAUAACAACAACAACUCGAAAAACGUCGCUCAUUUUUUUCCGAGAGGAAAUUAUAAAAGCAAUAAUUUUAAAUACACAUAAUAUAUACUAUUAUACAUAAGUAGUGUCUCUAUUAUAAAUUAAAUAUGCGUGGAAAUUAUUCUUUGACGGUUUUCCUUCUUUUUGUUAUUGGAUUACAAGAUAUUUAUUGUCAAAAACAAGAACCAUCAGGAAAAUGUAGAGCUCCCGAUAAGGCGCCUUUAAAUCUUGAAAUAAUAAUUAAUAUUUGCCAAGAAGAAAUCAAAUCCGCAUUACUUCAAGAAGCCUUAGAUAUCCUCAAUGAUGGCAAUUUGGAACAAAAUACGCCAAGCUAUAGCAGUAGAUCAAAAAGAGAGGCCGAUGAAGAUUUGACAAACGAGGAACGUAGAGUUGCAGGGUGUUUGCUCCAGUGCGUCUACAAGAAAGUGAAAGCAGUUGAUGAAACUGGUUUUCCGGUAGUCGAUGGGUUGAUGAAACUGUACAAUGAAGGUGUCCAGGACAGAAACUACUACAUGGCUACAUUAUCUGCAGUUAGGCAUUGUAUUUCUAUCGCACAACAGCUAAAGCAGCUACAGCCCUCCAAAAGUUUCGAUGAUGGACAAACAUGUGAUCUUGCAUAUGAAAUGUUUGAAUGCGUCAGUGAAAAAAUCGAAGAAAACUGUGGAGUCGAAAAUAAGUCAAAUAACUUAAGCCAACGUCAAGUUUAAAAAGUUUUCUUUGACUUUAUAAUAUUUCCACCACUGUACAUAACCAACUAUUUUAAAAUAAUUGUAAUUAAUUAAUAUAUAGUCUUAUUUAAUUUAAUUUCAAACUAAUUGUCAUUGCUGUGUUAAUUACCAAAAAAAUAAAUCUUAGUGAAAUUGUUAGUAAAACUUGUUUUGGUAAAAUAGAAUACAAAGUUUGUUGUUACUUAAUCUUAUAAAAUUACAUAAAAUAACGGGAACUUAGAUAUAAGUUAAAAUAUUAAUUUUAUUUUAUGUUACCUUUUUAUUAUUAUUAUCUCUAAGGUCGUUUAUCUUAUUUAGUGGUUAGAAGACAUCCUGGAAAUAUACGAUCAUAAACCACACGAUUUACAUCUCAUAAUCAUUCAAUCAAAUCGUUGACCACCGCACUGUUACCGACAAAACCCCUCCUAUUAAAACCGCUUUUAAAUAAAACCAUCAGGAAAUCGACAUUAGAUCAUUAUAGUUAAGUGUAUAUUAUGUUAUCCAAUACUUAUAUAUUGAGUACGCGACACAUUAAAAUUUGUCAUAUCGUAAGUUUGUAUAGUUGGUGUAUACUUAUAUUUUAAUGUACACUAGAGAAGUACUAGAUUAACCGGUUCUGAAAAUCUUUCUGACUGACUUGAAU